CCGCACCGAGCAAGUGCAGCACGAGCGAAACAUCGCCCUCGACGGCUAGCUCGCUCUCGGCAGUAGAAACGACAGGGGCGGCAGCGGGGCGACGAAACCUAAAAGGAUCGAGAUGAUCACAAGCUACUCCCGACCAUCUGGUAAGACCUUGACGACAAAAACGCCUUCAAAAAACAGACCUCACCGGACGGCAUCGGCCCCGCUCAAUUCGCCCUGCCCGAAGCACCCUCCCAUGCCCCGGAACCCGUCGCAGAAGUCCCCACGGGUUUUAGACAGUUCUACAUUCCCAUUCGGGGGGUUUUUACUCGCAAUCCCUCGGCUAGGCCGCCCUCUCCACCUGGUGUCCCGGAGACUACCGACCUCACGGUGGGCGACACGGCUUGCCUGUUCGUUCUUAAAGCUUCCCCCUUGCCGGGCCUGCCGCCGUCCAGCCACCCAAGAAGAUCAUACGCCAGCGCCAACCAGCUGGCGAGCCAGUGACGGCGAAAAAGUCCAAAACUAUCCUCAACACCCACUUCCCUCCCUCGACCGUAACAACCGAGGAGAACCCUACGGCUUCGGUGCUCAACUACGACGGCUACACGUUGACCGACUCGACCAGCGGUUGCCCGCUGGGCAAUAACGAAUGGCAACUGCACCAAAUCACGACGCGCUCGUUUGCCCCAAAGUGACGCACGCUGCUCACGAGGCCAAGAACCUCGACGACUUCCAUGCGAGGCUGGCGCUUCGCCGCGACGAACGGCUGCAGGAACCGCGCAAGGCCUGGGACAGCGUCGUCAUCAAGAUCGUCUGUUCGCCUUCGAAGGUGUUCGGCGCGAUCUCACCCGCUUGAUCGCUUUUCAGCA